AUGUCACUAUACUCUCGAUUGUGUGUGCUAUCACGGUGGCGGGCAUUGAGGUCGUUCCAUAUCCCACCAUCGCUGGGCCGCCAUGUCUCCAUCGACGUCAACUCGAGAGCUUCAUAUACCGAGCCCACUCCGUCCCACCUGGUCAGGUUCGCUCUGACAGGUACCACGAAACCUUCUCACAAUGAUGUCUCCAAUCCUGAGCUUGACAAGCACCUCUCGGAUAUAUUUCUCGGUGAUUGGCCCUUGGUGUCUCUACCACCACCUUUUUGGAGCUCUUCUGGUCGAGAACCACAAAGCCCCGAUGAAAUCGCAUCGUUCAAAGCCCUGAAGCAUGACGUACGAAACCUGCGUCACUUACAGGUAUUCAUUGAAAGAACUGUAAAUGAAACAGAGGGCAGUCUACUUUUACAGACACAAUCCUGCGCCCUUUUAGCGAAAGCGCUAAAUCGUUGCCAGCGAAAGAAUUCCUACGGCGAGAUCCUCACGGCGCUCAAUGCUAUCAUCACAAGACUGGAGAAAAUGAGACUACCGCGUACGAGUAAUCUCUACUUUUUGGGGAUGUACUAUGCUGCACUCUCAUUGUCUGCGCCGGCUCUUGAAAGGUUUCUGGAUGGGUACCUUUCCGUUGGCCUGUGGCCCCUGGACAGCCUCGCAAGUGAAUCUAUAGUGAAUGCGCUCCUCAAUGCCCUUCACUAUAAGAGGUUCCGUGAGGUUACUAUUGAUACGGACGCGAUACUGGAAUUGAUUGAGGGAGACAAGCAACGAAGGAAGAGAAACCUUCACGAUCUGCUGUCCUGGGGCGAUUCUGCCGGCCCAGCAAUGCAUCGUGGGCAUUAUCUUUGUUUACUCGCGAAAUUGCGGAGCAGAGACCUUCUAUCUGAAGUCUGGAGGCAAGCAAUGUGGAGACUUUCGCCAAGCGCUUCCCCUGAAAUGUACCAAUGUAUGUACUCUUGUAUAGUGACUCUGUUGGAAAGUGGUGAUGUUCUCCGAGCUAUGGAUUACUUGCAAGAAGUGUCGAAAAACUCCCAGGAAAUGCUUCCUGGUAUCUCCGAGUUCAAAGACGUCAACAUGCUGCUUGAGUCAGAAGUUAUUGGUCCUCUGUUACCUCGGAUGGCAGGUGAGAAAGAGUACUUGAAGCUUCUUGAGGCCCAAUUAAUACAGAUCGAGCACAAGCUGGGUCUCAGUUGGGAUUCUGAAGGCCCCUAUCACACGAAUAUAGGUGAUCCGCACUCGAUAAUAUCUGAUAUACCUCUCUUUAAUAUCGAUGGUGACAGCACAGGCUAUGAGAGCGUUGCACGCUUGAUUACCGAAACCAACGCCUCCGGAUGCUCCAGGUCAGCGACAGAUCUCGGCAAGAUUGCAGAACUGCUUGAAGAACACGAGGGAGACGUUAUUCCUGUAUCUUUGCCAUCAACUGAAGGCCAGGAUAUGGAGUAUGCCUGGUUUCCCCGAUAUUCUCCAGUUCACUGUUCGGGGGCCUCUCCAUCUGCUGGGAAAGAGGGUACUGAGCCAUGGACACCUUCAACGUUAGGCUUAGUCCGUGUCAGCUGCGAUAGCAGUGGAUCCCCUCUCGAGCGCUCCAUUCAUGUGAUGCAGCUUGGUCGCUUGGCAAGGAGAGCCAGAUGUCCACAUGAUCAGGAUCCAAGCUAUGAUAUUCCUUGGGAAGAGACCGAGCAUAUGAUUGCGUGGGAUCGUGUCUAUGGCCAGCUCAUCGCUGUAUACGUUGGACCAAGCGACGAGCCUAUUGAGAGUCGCAUAGAGUCACGAGCUGCACGAGCGCGAUCUGGUAUUGAGGCGAUCACCACAGUCUUUCUUCAUGGUGAUACGGCGCCAACUUCUCAGGGUGAUCUGAUAUCUUUUAUUGGAAAUGCGUCUAUGCAUUAUUACAUCGAGGAAGAUCUAAGUCCGGACCUCAUGCUAUAA